CGCGGCCGCCGGGCCAUGGAGCUCAUCGAGCUGCGGGAGCUGCAGCCGGAGCCGCGCCCGGGCCGGGGCCGCCUGGAGCGGACCAACGCGUUGCGCAUCAGCCCGGCCCGGCGGCCCGGCCCCGGCGCGCACCCCGACCCGCGGCUGACGGCGGCACCGGGAGCCGGGCACCGCUUCGAGCCGCGGCGCCGCGGGCUCCACACCUGGUGCGACCUCUGCGGGGACUUCGUCUGGGGCGGCGGCAGGAAGAGCCUCCAGUGCCGCCACUGCAGCUUCACCUGCCACUACCGGUGCCGGGCCCUGGUGCGGCUGGACUGCAGUGGCCCCCCGGGUGCUGGCGAUGAGGACGAUGGCAACGAGCAGGCCCUGGAGAAGGACACCAACGUGGAUGAGCCCAGCGAGUGGGAGAAGGCAGAGUUGGACCAGGCGCAGGUGGAGCAGCGGAUCAAGGAGUACAACAGCCAGAUCAACAGCAACCUCUUCAUGAGCCUGAACAAGGAUGGCUCCUACACCGGCUUCAUCAAGGUGCAGCUGAAGCUGGUGCGCCCUGUCUCGGUGCCAGCCACCAAGCGGGUCCCCGCACUGCAGACAGGGCGGUCAGGGCCGCACACGCAGGGGGUGAAGCGCCGCACAUCCUUCUACCUGCCCAAGGGCACCGUCAAACACCUGCACAUCCUCUCACACACGCGUGCCAGCGAGGUCAUCGACGCUCUCCUCCGCAAGUUCACUGUCAUCGACAACCCCCGCAAGUUCGCCCUCUUCGAGAGGUCUGAGAAGGAUGAGCAAGUGUACCUACGGAAGCUGGCUGAUGAGGAGCAGCCCCUGCGGCUGCGGCUGCUGGCUGGCCCCAGUGAGAAGGUGCUGAGCUUCGUCCUGAAGGAGAAUGAGACCGGGGAGGUGAACUGGGACGCCUUCACGCUGCCAGAGCUGCACAACUUCCUGCGCAUCCUGCAGCGGGAGGAGGAGGAGCACGUGCGCCGGCUGCGGCACCGCUACGCCCGCUGCCGACAGAAGAUGCAGGAGGCUCUGGCCACAUACACACCAGGGUGACCGUGCCUCCUGCACUGGUGGUCAGGCAGCACACUGGGACCCUUGCCUGCCGGCGGGUGGGGGCACCGGGAGGGGGGAUGGAGUGGGGCACCCCGUGACCCACCGUCGUAGCCCCCAUGGGGCUGGCCCAGGGACAGGGUGUCCCCAGGGGAAUGGGUGUCCCCAGGGGAGUAGGUGUCCUCGGGAUGAAAUGGGUGUCCCUGGGGGGAAGCAGGGCGUCGAGCACCAAUAAAAGCAUCUUGGUGAUGAG